CGCCGGCGAGCCGGUCUCGGUCUCACUCCCGUGCCCGUGCGCGUCACCUUAUUCGCCGGCCGCCCCCGCUUGCAUCCAUCCACCACACGCCGGCACAGCCGCACGAGCGGACCAGCAGGCCGUUUCGCGUCCCCUCCGUGCGGGAGCGUCCGUUUGCCAGCGGCCAUGGCGCUGGAGGCCGCGGUGUUCUCCCCGGCGGCGGCGGCGGGCCAUUUCGGCUACGGCCGCGGGGACUCGCCGUACGCGCUGCCCUGGUGCGACAUGGGCGGCCUCGGCGACCUCUGCGCGGGGGAUUACUGGGAUCAGGAGCUAGCGGACGCGUGGGCGGCGCCGGCCGUGUGGGACGACUGGGGGGAGGCGGCGUCCAGGGACCAGUCCUCGGACGCCUCCUCGGACCAGCACCAGGGCAAGGAGGCGGCGCCCGAGCCGGCGCCGGCGGUGCGGAGGAAGCGGAGGCGCACCAAGGUCGUCAAGAACAAGGAGGAGAUCGAGACCCAGCGGAUGACCCACAUUGCCGUCGAGCGCAACCGCCGCCGCCAGAUGAACGAGUACCUCGCCGUGCUCCGCUCCCUCAUGCCGCCGUCCUACGCCCACAGGGGUGACCAGGCGUCGAUCGUCGGUGGCGCAAUCAACUACGUGAGGGAGCUGGAGCAACUCCUCCAGUCGCUCGAGGUCCAGAAGAGCAUCAGGAACCGGCGGGGCGGCUCCACGGACGCCGCCGGCAGCUCCUCCCCGUUCGCCGGCUUCUUCAGCUUCCCGCAGUACUCCACCUCGCCGGGUCACGGCUGCAGCAGCAGCUCCACGACGAGCCUCGGCGGCUCGAGCAACACGAGCAAUGCCGCCAGCAGCGACGCGUCCGGCGGCUCGGCCGAGAGCGGCCGGCCGGUGGCGGUCGCGGACAUCGAGGUGACGAUGGUGGAAGGCCACGCGAGCCUCAAGGUGCUCGCACGGCGGCGGCCCAAGCAGCUACUCAAGCUCGUCGCCGGCCUGCACCAGCUGCGCAUCCCGCCGCUGCACCUCAACAUGACCACCGUCGACGCCAUGGUCCUCUACACCUUCAGCCUCAAGGUGGAGGAUGACUCCAAGAUGGGGUCUGUCGAGGACAUCGCCACCGCUGUGCAUGAGAUUCUCGGCAGCGUACAGCGGCAGGAGGAGACCGCCGCCAUGUGAAACCCUGCACAGCCCCUGCAUCUAUCUCAAUGCUGCCCCCUGCAGACUGCACUGGCAGUGCCGUCCUGCCAGUGGAAUCCCGUAGCCGGCCUGUACAUGUGACCGUGAAUGCACCCUGGGCACCUGAGCCACGCAGCAUUGUCAAUUUGUCGGUCCAUGGUCACAAGGAGGAUACAUGUCAAGAAUUUAGGCUGUAAUCUAAUCACCUAUUCACCUUCUUCUCCUAGCUCCUUUAGUUUGGAGUGGACUACUUGUAGAUUCAAUUCACAGAUACAAAUUUGCCUGAAGCAUUCCAUUUUUCACUUUUA